UGCUCAGCUUUACAAGUUGCAAAGAUUACAGUUUCUGAGAUUCCUCCAACCUACGAUCAUAAUGGUGGCAUUCAACAUGAGCAGCUUCAAUCCAGGCGUGUUCAUUCUGCUUGGAAUUCCAGGGCUGGAGCCCUUCCACCACUGCAUCGGGAUUCCCUUCUUUAUUAUCUACCUUGUGGCCCUGGCAGGAAACAGCGUCCUCCUCUAUCUUAUUUUCACGGAGCGCAGCCUCCAUGAGCCCAUGUUCUUUUUCCUCUCCAUGCUGGUUGCUACAGAUCUCAUCCUGUCUAAUACGUGUGUACCUAAAACAUUGAGCAUCUUCUGGCUGGGUCCUCAGGAGAUCACCUUCCAUGGAUGUCUUACUCAGAUGUUUUUCCUCCACUUCAGCUUUGCCAUGGAUUCUGCUAUCCUGCUGGCCAUGGCAUUUGAUCGCUAUGUUGCUAUUUGCUUCCCCCUAAGAUACUCUGCGAUUCUUACCCAUCAGCUUAUUACUAAGAUUGUGAUGGGUAUUAUCAGCAGGAGCUUUUGUAUCAUCUUCCCAUGCAUCUUCCUAUUAAAGCGACUACCUUUCUGCCGAACACUCAUCAUUCCCCACACGUACUGUGAGCACAUAGGUGUUGCCCGGCUCGCUUGUGCAGACAUCUCCAUCAAUAUAUGGUAUGGAUUUGCUGUGCCUGUGAUAACGGUCAUGUCAGAUCUGAUCCUCAUUGGUAUCUCCUACACUCUCAUACUUCAUGCUGUCUUUAACCUUCCGUCCUGGAAUGCCCGCCAAAAAGCACUCAGUACGUGUGCUUCCCACAUUGGUGUCAUUCUUACAUUCUACGCCCCAGCCAUAUUCUCCGUCCUUGCCCACCGUUUUGGUCACAAUAUUCCUCACUCCUUCCACAUACUUUUUGCCAACCUCUAUGUGACUUUCCCUCCUGCCAUCAAUCCAAUCAUCUAUGGGGUGAAGACCAAGCAGAUUCGGGACAGAAUCAACCUCCUCCUGUCCCCUAAAGGGAAUCAAUGA